CGGCCGGCCCGCUCGGGACGGGUGGGCGGCGGAGGCCGGAGCCGCCGAGUGCGCGUCGUCCCCGCCAUGCGCCGGCCGCCCUGGGCUUCGCUGGGGCUGCUGCUGCCGCCGCUGCUGCUCCUGCUGCUGCCGCCGCCGGUGCCCGCAUCGGAGGCCUCUCGGAAGCUGUCCCCGUGCCAGCGGUGCCGGGAGCUGGUGGACAAGUUCAAGCAGGGCAUGGCUGACACUGCCAACAAGAACUUCGGUGGUGGCAACACGGCUUGGGAGGAAAAGACCCUGAGCAAGUACGAGUUCAGUGAGAUCCGCUUCCUGGAGAUCAUGGAGGGCCUGUGCUCCAGCAGCGACUUCGAGUGCAACCAGAUGGUGGAGGAGCACGAGGAGCAGCUGGAGGCCUGGUGGCUGCGGCUGAAGAAGGAGCACCCGGAGCUGUCCGAAUGGUUCUGUGUGCACACACUACAGGUCUGCUGCUCUCCGGGGACCUAUGGCCCACACUGUCACGCAUGCCAGGGUGGAUCCGAGAGGCCCUGCAGUGGGAAUGGCCACUGCCACGGGGACGGCAGCAGGCACGGGGACGGGUCCUGCCAGUGCCACGUCGGCUACAAGGGGGCGCUGUGCACCGACUGCAUAGAUGGCUACUUCAGCUCCCUGAGGAAUGAGACCCACAGUGUCUGCACAGCCUGCGACGAGUCCUGUAAGACAUGCUCGGGCCCCACCAACAGACACUGUGGCGAGUGUGAAGUGGGCUGGGAGCGCGUGGAAGAUGCCUGCAUGGAUAUAAACGAAUGUGCAGCAGAGGCUCCCCCCUGCAGCGAGACGCAGUACUGUGAGAACACCAACGGCUCCUACCUGUGUGAAGAAUGUGACUCCACCUGCGUGGGCUGCACGGGAAAGGGACCAGGAAAAUGUAAAGAGUGUAUCGCUGGCUACACACAGGAGAGUGGACAGUGCACAGACAUUGAUGAAUGCUCCCUGCCGGAGCCGGUGUGCCCAAGGACCCAUGAGAACUGUUACAACACUCCCGGCAGCUUCGUCUGCGUGUGCCCCGAAGGCUACCAGGACACAGACGAGGCCUGCGUGCCCCCGGCCACAGGUGAGGUCACGGAGGAGACGCCCCCGCUGCCACUGUCGCGGGAAGAACUGUGACGGGGCCAGCUUGGCAGGGUCAGGCCUGCCACUCCACGCCUUUGGGGUGGCCCCCGCCCUUGGACUGUUGUUUCUAGAUUGUUCUUGAACAGAGAUGUCUAUUUUGAUACCAUCCUUUAUAAUAAAAUGGGCCGUUGCCAGUGUUCA